CGUCAGUCAGUACAGCUGCCACCGCUCUCAAGGUGGGGACUCGCUCGCUCCCUCCCUGUACUUUCUAAUUUCUGCUUAAUGUUUUGCCUAUAUAACACAUGCUCAGAAUUUAGUUAACGUUGUAUUAAUUGUUUGUAUGUGAGUGUUGAGGAGGAGAGUGUGCCCACUAGCAGCACGGUGUGUCCAGGUGUUACUCUCCCGGUAAACCAACCUGAACCGGUAUCUCCAGCGUCCGGCUUUUUUCAAGAUGCAGGCUGUAAUGUUCAUAAGUUUGGUGUUGGACCUCCUGGGUUUCACUGUGAUAUUACCCUUAUUUCCUGCAUUGCUGGACUAUUACUCCAAAAAUGAUGCGAGUGGACUCUAUGCAGCAUCACUUACUUGGGUAAUCACAUUUCAACAAUGGAUAGGAAUACCAUCAAGGUUCCAUUCUGUUCUCUUUGGAGGUCUGUUGGGGUCAUUGUUUUCUUUUCUACAGUUCUUAGCCUCGCCCAUAACUGGAGCUAUGUCGGAUGUGUAUGGACGCAAGCCUAUCUUUAUUUGCUCUCUGAUAGGAGUUGCCGUCUCAUAUGGGAUGUGGGCAGUAGCUAGCAACUUUACUUUGUUUGUAUUGGCCAGGAUCAUUGGAGGCACGACUAAAGGAAAUGUAUCUCUUGCUUACUCCGUUAUGACUGACAUCUCUGAUGAAAAAUCAAGAGCCAAAGGGAUGGCCUUAAUAGGAGUUGCAUUCAGUGUUGGGUUUACCAUUGGUCCUGCAGUGGGAGCCGUAUUCUCCCGCUGGGGAAGCACUGGCUGGUUUGCAGCUUCUGCUGUGUAUGCGCUCUCUCUUGCUCUCUGCAACAUAGUUUAUUUUUACAUCUUCUUCAAAGAGACUUUACCAGAGACAAAGAGGAGGACAUCAGUUGCCUCUGGAUUGUCUCAGGCUUGGGAGCUUAUCAACCCAAAGUCACUGUUUUCCUUCAGUCCUGUCAAAGGACUUGAAAAGGAGGAAAGAGCAAAAUUGAUUCGGCUGGGGCACGUGUACUUCAUAUACCUGUUCCUCUAUUCUGGCUUGGAGUUUACUCUAACAUUUGUGACCCAUCAUAAACACAGCUAUGAUUCUAUGGCACAAGGCCGUAUGUUUUCCUUCUUAGGCGUAGUUAUGGCUUUAAUGCAGGGAGGUUAUGUACGACGGGUAAAAGAUGGAAGCGAAAAAUCCAUGGCAAACAAGGGUCUUAUGAUGAUGAUACCUGCCUUCAUUUUAAUUGGUGCCAGUGAGACAAACUGGGGUCUUUAUACAGGACUGACCUUCUAUGCUUUAGGUUCAUCCAUGAUGGUCCCGUGUCUUACUGCACUAGCAUCCUGCCAUGGUUCAGAAUCUCAUAAAGGCACUUUGUUGGGCAUUUGGAGAUCUUUAGGAGCUUUAGCAAGAGCAAUAGGACCAGUUGUAACAUCUAUAGGUUUCUGGUCAGUUGGUGCUGAGCUGUGCUACAUAAUAGGAGGAUUGUCCAUGCUAAUUCCUUUGAUUAUGCUACAGUCAUGCUGACUUCUAAUGGAGGUGCAGUGACACGCAUUAGUGUUACCAAGCCCAAGGCGAGAUCAGAGACAGUUGGAGAGGAAAAAGUACUGUACAGUAUUUUGUACUUGUGUGACUGGAAACUUGUGAGAUUGUUUAUUAGUCAUGUCAGAGGAUAUUUAUCUUGUAUAUUUUUAUACUAUUGUCAUAUUUGUAAACAAAAUUUCAAGUGUAGUAAAACUUAAGUUACUUAGCUUAUGGUAACAUGCCCA